AUGAAAAUACUUAAAAGAAAUAAGUCAUUAGAAAGGCAAAAUUUUGAUAAGAUAAAUAAUGUCCAAAUAUAUGGAGAAAAUAAAAUUCACUGUAAAGGUUUUUUUAUAUCAGGACCUGCAUUUUUAACAGUAAUAUCAUCUUUUCUUAUGAUAUUUAUUCCUGUUAGUAUUUUUCACGCAUUUACUUCAACAUGGUUUUUUGAAAAAGAUAUUUAUUUUGUAACUUUUUUAAACUUGUUUUUUUUUAUUUUAACAAUUUAUGCUUUUCUUAAAACAAGUUUUAUGGAUCCUGGUAUAAUACCAAGACAAAAAUCUGUUUUAAAUUUAUAUGAUGUUAUCAUUGAACAAUAUAGAGAAACACAACCACCUAGACAAAAAGAAGUUUUAAUUAAUGGAAAUUUUUAUAAAUUAAAAUAUUGUUAUACUUGUAAUAUAUAUAGAGGAUUAAGAACUGUACAUUGUUCUAUAUGUGAUAAUUGUGUUGAAAAAUUUGAUCAUCAUUGUCCAUGGGUUGGAAAUUGCAUAGGUGCAAGGAAUUACAAAUAUUUUGUAUUUUUUGUUUUGAAUUUAUAUAUCCUGAUAUGUAUAACUUUAAGUGCAAGUAUUUACAAGUUAGUAAUAUGUAUAAAUAAAUUAUCAGAUGAAGGAUAUAAUACUGAACAGAUUUUUAUUCAUAUAUGGAGAUUUGCUGCAGAUAGUUUAAUUUUAAUUAUAUAUACUAUUUUAACUUUAUGGUUUGUUAUUGGUUUAUUAUGUUAUCACAUUUAUACAAUUGUAACUAAUCAAACGACUUAUGAACAAAUAAAAACGUUUUAUCAAAACGAUAACCCUUUUAAUAUAGGAAUCUUAAAUAAUAUUAAGGAAAUAUUAUUUACAAAAACAAGACCAUCCUACAUCAAUUUUGUUAACCCACAAUUACAAGUUGUAGACAAAAAUUGUUAUCAUAAUAUUUUAAUUUUAAGCGAUAAAGGAGUAAAUAUAGAAGAAGAUAUUAAAGAAAAUUCUUCAUUUGAUAAUAGAAAAAAAGCUAAAAGAAAUUCGAAUUCUAAAGAAAUACGUUCAAUUAAUAAUAAAUUAUCCAAAAAAAAUAAAUCGAGUAAAGAUUACAUUUCUUCUUCUCAUGAUAGUAAAACUAAAAUAAAAUCAUAUAACAUUAAGAAAAAAAUAAAUAAAGAGAAAAAUGAAGAAUAUGAGAUUACAAAAGUAAGUAAUAUAUCUAAUAAAGCAAUAGAAAAAUCAGCACAUUUAAAAUUUGAUAAAAAUAAGAAUGUAAAAUAUACAAAAAUUAAACUUCCCAAAAUAAAAAAAAAUAAUGAUUCUGAGCAUAUAAAUGAAGAUUUUGAAGAAAAAAAUGUUUUGUCUCAUAAGCAUAUAAUUAAUUUAGAUAACAUUGGUGCUUUGUUUAUCAAAAGUAGAACUCCAUUCAUCACUAGUACUAAGAACAAAUAUAAUAAAGAAAUGAAAAAAGAAAGAAGAAAAUGUACUGAUAUUGAAAUGGAUAAUGAGAUUAGUGAAUAUCAAGAAAAAGAAAUAGCUAAAAUGGAAAAAAAUAUGUUGAAAAAGGAUGAUUAUAUUAUAAAGUUAAAUAUAAAAAAAGAAAAUAGAGAAUAUUCAAAAAAAAUGAAAGAGAAACAAAAAGGAAAAAUAAUUUAUCAAAUUAAAGAAUCUGAAAAAAUUAGAAAAAAAAAAAUUAAGUAUGAAACUAAACUUAAUUGCUUUAAUAAUUAUAUAUACGUAAGAAAAAAAAAAAAAAAUAAUCCUAUUUUAUAUAGAAAAGGAUUUUCAUUUAUAGAAAACUUAAAGAAUAAAAGUGAAAUAUAUUACAAAAUAAAAUGCUGUAGUGAAAAUAAAAAAAAGAGUUUUAUUAAUUUAGAAAAAAAAAAAUUUAAAAAAAAAAAAAAUUUUAAUGAAGAAAUGAAAUAUGUAACUGAAGAAAAUUACAAUAGUACAGAAAUGAAUGAAAAGGUAAAACUACAAAAAGAUGUAGUAAUAAGUAUAUAUAAUACACCAAAAGAAAAAAAGGAAAAAAUUAAUAAUGAUAUUAUAUUAGAUAUGCAAAAAAAAAAGAAAUGUAAAUCAAUUAAUUUAUUAGAAAGAAUAGAAAAAAGAAAUAAAAGAAAUGCUAUGAAAUUAAAUAGAAUAUAUCUCGUUAGUAAAGAUAGUUAUAAAUUAGAUAAAUUUAGUGAAACUUAUGAAAUGAAACACACAGAUCUGUAUAACCAGAAAUUUAAAAAAAUAAAUAAAAAACCUCUAUCAAGGUUAUAUACAAAUAUUCACUUAUUUUGUAAUAAUAAGGAAUGCACAGAUGUAUUAAAUACCAUUAAUGACAAUAUUGUAUUAGGAAACUAUAAAAAUAUUGAUUUUAAAACUGUAUAUUUUACUAAAAUAAAAAAUAUUAGUAAAGUUGAUAACUUAAAAUUACUUAAUUAUUUAAUUCACAAAAAUAAACAAAGUGAAAUCCGUUCUGAUAUUAAAAAAAAAAGUAACGUGUCAAAACUUUUUAAUAUUUUUACAACUUUUGCAUUAAUAAUUAAAUGUAUACAUAUACCUUCUAAUAAUGAUAAUGAUUGA